AUGGUAUCUAUACCAGAAUCCUACUUCAUCUGCCUAACAGAAUCCAACCCUAAAUCACGAAUUAAAAACCAUGUCACUCGCAGUACAGAAAAAGCAGCAAUUGCGUACUUUCUUCCUCUCAGUAAUGGAAAAGCCACUCUCGAGAACGGAACCCCGGAAGCUACCAAAUCACUCCAACUGGCACCAAACGGAUUCCUGUACAAUCUGCAAAGUCGGGGCUUGAGGAGUGUCGUCGGCCACAUCCAAUUCUCGCCACAAAUCCAGCUCUCUCCCCUGCACAGGGUCCUCCUCAGAACACGGAAUCCGACACCGGACUCGGCGGAUCCCGGAUGGACCCGAUCACCGCACGCCUUAGGCACCUAUCACUGCCCCCUUCCACGGAUCACUCAGCUAUCGACACAUGUACCGACCGCGUUCGGCGUGCGUUACCCUGUUAAUCGCCCCCGCAGGUACCGGGCUCUUUGCGACCUACCAAGCAAAGGCGCGACUGGGUCAGACCUUUACAUUGAGGCCCCCCCUUGGCUGGCACUGCGCCGCUCGGCUCUUACACCACUGAAAGGGCCAUUCUGGGUGUGGGGGAGGAAUCAAAGACCUCAGCGAACUCCUUUACGCCGCUGCAGCAGCUCUAGUGCUGUUUAUUGUUGUUGUUCUGCAAGGAAUGAAUGCCCCUCGCUUCGCUCUCAACUGUGGAUCCCGAAUGGACCCUCCUGCAUGUUCUGUCCGGACCCUGGAGGUCCCGGAGCCUGCACUCUGCGUCGCAGCCAUGCGCUUUUAGCGGGGCUGUGCGUCACGUCUGAAUGUUGACUGAUUUGACCCCAGAAGCAGUUCAGUGCUUGCUGCUGGGAUCUCAUUGCGUAUUCUGAAAAACCUGGAUAUCUUAGGGAAAGGGUGUGCAUAUAGCUUGGCUUGCGUUGGACUCCAGUCCUCACCACGCCUUCCCAGUAAUUGUCAAGCUCUCGUUUCUAAGGGAUGCGUGCCUUGUUUCGUAUCAGUGCAAGACAACGCAAGCACCUGCGAGUAAGCUAAGCGAGGCCAAUCCAAGUGAAGAAACAGCCCGCAGAGCAUUUUGUUCAUCCCCCCUUCUUUACUUCGUAUUCCAUGGUGGCAGUCAUGGUAAGUGGAGAAACAAGCUUAUUCGUCAACAAACACACACACAGACAAACAAGCAUGCAAACAAACAACCGAACGAACGAACGAACGAACGAACGCAUGGACGGACGGAGAAGGUGCGUGGUGGAGUGUGCAGUAGGAUUCGAGCAGCGUGAACAGAGGCUUACGAUGGGUCCUUCUGACGAGGCAGGGGGAACGGGUGUGAUGUGGUCCAAGUGGCACGGCCACGUCAGCGAUGGGGUGCGUGAUGUGGAAUCUGGGUCCUUAUUGGGAUGCACUCUAGAAUGUUGGUUGGCGUUGAUAAAUUGGGGCAUGAUGGAUGGAUGAGGAUGAUGUGUUGUUCCAAAUUGGGUCAUAAUUCUAUGCCCCCCCCCUUAGAUAAAACUGUCAUGUUGCGUUUUACAUGAAUGCAUUGAUAUCUACAUGGUGCUUUUUGUAUAACUGUGUGUUGUUUGUAAUUGAUUGGAGAAAUAAUAAGACUACAAAGUAUUAUUUUUGUUUU